AACCCUUUUCUUGUUUUCCCUCUCAGUCGCGGGCGAAGUCGCCGUGUCUCCAAGUCCAUUGCUUUCAUUGUACCCUUGGCGAAGGAUCUUCACCGCCGCACCUCUAUCGCCGCAAAACCCUUCUUCCUCUUUGUCUCCGUGGCUCUCACCGGCAGCCACUCAAUCAGCCCCCAACCGGAAACCACUUCAGUCUCAUUCUUCCUCCAAAGUUUUAGUCCUUAGACGCCCAAAUCAAUUGCCUUUGGGAACGGAAGAAACAGGGAGGAAGAACUCGUGACCCAGUUUGGAGAUUCUUCAGAAUUUCUGGGUUUCUUCAAUCUUUGGUUCCUCUGUUUGAUUUCAUUGCUGUCUUCGUCAAGAGCCUCAAGGAAUGUGUAUUGGUUGGAAGUAUUAGACUUAGAGAUUGUCCAAAUGUUCUACCUUAGCCGAAUUGAGCACACACUACGUGUGCCUCCAAGCAUGCUCCAUUUACCUAUCCUUGAUGCUAUUAAGGGGGAGCUGGAGAAACUGUUCCUGGAUAAGGUUGUUGCCAACUUGGGGCUCUGUAUUUCUGUUUAUGAUAUAAGAUCGGUUGAUGGGGGCUUUAUCUUUCCCAGCGAUGGUGCUGCAACAUACAAGGUUGUGUUCACAUUGAUUGUGUUUCGUCCAUACGCGGGGGAGAUAAUUAUUGGAAAAGUGAAAGAAUCAGAUGCAAAUGGUUUGCGAAUAUCGCUUGGAUUUUUCGAGGACAUUUACGUUCCCAUCCAUCUUCUGCCGUCUCCAUCAGAAUUCAAGCCCGAUCCGAAAAACGGCGGAAAACGCAGAUGGGUGUGGGACUAUGAUGGUCAACCAUACGACAUAUAUGAAACGGAUGAGAUAAAAUUUAGAAUACACAGCAUAGAUUACCCAGCAAUCCCAGUGGAUCAGCAGCCGAACGAGAGUAACUCAAAAUUCCAAAUGGAGGAGCAACCGAAAGAGAACGUUAACGUAAAACCAUUCGCUCCCAUGGUUGUCACUGCGACAAUCGACUAUGAUGGGUUAGGUCCUGUUUCGUGGUGGGAUGGUUCAGGAGAUGCCGAUGCCGAUGCCGAGGCCGAGGAAGAUUCCUAAGAUCACCUUGCCAUCUUGUUACUGUGAAAAAAUUGCCGAGUUUGGAGAGUCGAGCGAAGUUCCUGUUGGCUGUUUUUCGGAUCCUGCUCGUAAAGUCUAAACAUUUGGGUCGAGUUGAAUGAGGUGAUUGAAAGGGUAAAA